AGGAUUUUUAGUACGGCCUCGGCUCCAGGGCUCAAAGUUUUAACGAGCUGGUCUAUAUUGCAGCAUAUUUAGCGCAUUUGUAACUAUAUGUGUGCAUUUAAAGCAGGCCAAACGCUUUUCAAUGGGCGGGAGCCUGUAGUAAAGUGCCCUGAUGGUUUAUGAACUGAAAAAGCCCUAGGGUUAAAGAGUGCCAGCAACAGCCCUGGUUCUCUGUGGUACAGUUUACAACUGUUAAUGUGUUAAAGCGUAAUUAAGAACUAUAGAAUAGACAAGCCUUCGGUUGUGGUUGGGCUCCGACCUGUAAUCUGAAAGCAGGAAGGGAAGCCCGUGCAUGUGCAAAACCUGGGAGGAGGAGGAAGCUCGCUUCCUGCCCAACUGCUCAUUCGGUCACACAGCAGCAUUUCGGCGUGACCCGCCUGCCCUUCCAGCUGAUAGUGUUUCAAGUCUGAAGUACUUCGGAGAGGGGGAGAGAGGAACACGCGCAGGAGCUAUCAGACCUUUUGGGUAGUGCUAAGAAUGUUUAAGCAUUUGCCUGCUCUGAGCUGUGCAUCUUCAUUAGGACCUGAACUGCUUGUUCGUUAAGUAGGUGCUUAAUGGAUUGUGUGCAUUGUUCCUUAGACUAGGCAAGGUUGUAGACUCUGGUAGGGUAAUCAAACUGAAAGUGUCAAGUGCAGUUUGUAUAAAGAACAGUGUGAUUAUGAUGGCAUGUCCUAUGACUCAAAAGUAUUCUUUCAGAGAGUAAGUCUGAAGUCAGACUAACACUGUACACCUUGAGGCAUGUCUGCUUAGGGGAUAAUAACAAUUAAAUGCAGAGUUAUAACACAGACACAUACAAACAUACACAAAUCUUGUAUCUGUUGUGGUGAGUUAGGUGAGGCAUUGUGGUAUGCUGCUUUUGCUUCGUACUUCUCCCCUCCUCUGUUCCUGAAGUCUGUGAUGAUGCUAGUAUACCUGCUUGUGUUUCCAUUUGAGUUGGAAGUGCCUGAUCAAAAAAGCACUUCCACCCACCAAAAAAGAACAUUUGCUUAGCUUGUGAAAUUAACUUAAGCACUGGAUAGUUCUCAAAGGAAAGUGAAAGCAUUUCUGCCCCCCUAUGCCGUUCAUUAAAAGGCCCAUUUGCAGAAGAUGAUCAUAUGGAAAGCAAAGAGUACUCCAAGCACCAGGAAAGUAUACAUACACAGCUUGUUAAACCUAAGGCUUGUUUGCUGGGGAUAGAUUACUCUUACCCAAAGAAGAAACCCCAUGCAUGGUCUUCUGUGAGCUACAAAGAGCAGUGUUUGAUUUUUUUUUUUUUUAUUUUAAAUCUGGUAUCAAGCAAAACAGGCUUUUUACUGCAGACUUGCACUUAUCCUUCCCUAAUGUGCACAGAAACAGGUCUUAAUUAAGAAUUAGCAUCAAUGUUUUUUGAAAAAGUAAAAAACGAGAUUAAGCUGUGUCCUUCAUUAGCAGUACUUUAAUUUUCUCCCUCUGUCCUAUGUUUCUGAUUGCAUUGAUGCAAGCAGUCAUCUGGUCAACAUUAAUUUAUUUUUUGUUAGGUUUAGUAUUUGUUUGGAGCACGUACCUGUAUCGCCAUGUGUGUGCCGGAGGCAAUGGAUAGGAAGCUGUAAAGGGAGCGAGGGUCUGUUGUUCAUCUUGAUGUCAUCAUCUUGGAUCAGUGCAGAUUCUUGGCACUGAGCUCUGUGUCUCUCAAGCUUACAGUUCCUAGAGUCGGCAUUAGGCUACUAAAUGGUAAAAAAUGUGAUUCAAGCUGUCAUACACAGUGUAAGUGGGUCUGGUCCCACCUUGCGGUGAAACCAGUUCUUUUUCUGUUAAAUGUUUGAUACAGUAACACAGGAGAUAGUUGGGCACUUGUCAUACCUGAGAAAGCUCAGUGAAGAUGCAGAUGUGAUCCAGCUAAGGAGUAGGAACAAAUCUGGAAAAGUUCACUUGUACAUUCCUCCCACACGCUAUUAAUUGAAGUGUCUACAGUGUGUUGGCUGUGAACAGCUUCUAUGGAGCUGUUUCUCCUACACAUGGUCACUUCCUCCAUGAUACACAGGAGAGAGAGAGCUGCUGCAGUGGCUCCCUUCUCUGCAGGAAUUCAUCAGGGAGUGAGCAGUCUUGGUGAUGGGCUAAGCUUGCCAAUGUUGUCUUGCUGUUACUGCUUUUGAAAUAACGCUUUGCAAAAGAAGUUGGCGUUUUCUUUGGUUUGUUUGUUAAAAAAGAUAACCAAACUGGGUUACUAGAAGGCCUUUAUAGCAUCCUGAAAUUCAGACUUAAUCCUGAGUUACUGUUAAAAGUAGAUACUUAACCUGUUUAUUUUCCCUUUCUAACCAAGGUACGAGUAUCUGUCUAGAAUGUCCAGGCAUGCGAAAAAGCUUAGAGAUCAUGAUAUAAAUCCAUGUAUAGCGGAAACAGAUGCCACUACAAAAUGUAUGAAUGACAACAACUAUAACAAGGAUCUGUGUACUGAUUAUUUUUUGAAGUACAAAAACUGCAGAAAAUUCUGGCAUGAAAUUAUGAUGCAAAGGAAGAGAAGUGGUGUGAAACCUGAGAUGCCCCCAGCAGAAGAAAGAAAGAAAAUCUUGGACUCAAUGGGGAAGCUCUACUAACUAGAAACCUGAAUUCAUUGACUGUUGUCGCUGUACAUAAGAAGACUUAGCAGCAGCUAGUUACCAUUUUAUGAACUGGAUUUUACAGUUGCCAUACCUUGGAUUAAAAUAAGAUCUUAAAUUUUGAAAUGUGUGAGCUUUCUAGGAUAGAACUUCCUGGGUUACUCAUACUUCCUGUCAUAGGAGCCUGGCCUCUUUUUAUUGUAAGAUAUGGGUAAUAGUGCAACUUCUGUAGGAACUUUUGGAAGUAGAAACUACCUUGCUGUGAAAUUAUAAAUCUAAAAUUAAUGGGACAUGCAGAAAGUCUGUUUGAAAAGAUGGGAUUGGUGAGCAUUGCAGUGUGGUUCUAAGUUCUAAAACUGGAGGCCGUUGAGAAGCUAGUGCAUGCAACAUAUUUCUUGCACUUAGCUGUUCUGCUCAAUAGUAUGGAUUUAUCAUGUGUGAUUUUAUCCCUAUUUUCACUUGUGUUGUAUUCUGUGUCCCCAGUUAAAAUAAGACUGUUCCUGAACUAAAAUCGUAAAUCCAGCAAGCUUAUCAUUAGGUCUGCCGCUGUACUUGUCAGUGACAGCAGAAGCUUGCAGUUAAUCAAAUCUGCAAGUUUUGCUUGUUAGAAGGUUAGGGAGACUGGUGAAGAUAAAACUGAACUGCUCAGGUCUGAGCUGAAUAGUAAUUUCUGUGGAUAGUAAAUAGAUACUUUGGUGGCGGGCAGGCAGGGGGGACUUGCAGACAUGUAAACAGAUCCUCUGAGUGACAUAGCAGGUUUAACUAUAGUACAUCUAUCUAAGACUCUGGACAGCUGAAACCUGGGGUUUGGAAAUGCUUACUCAUACCAGAUUACAAAGCUCAGUUUAAACAGGUACUCUAAUCUUAAAUAAGGUUGAUUCUUUAGCUAAAUUGAACAACUAAUAAAUAUAAACAGGUUGCUGUCUAGUGGAAACUGUU